AUGGCUGUGGCCGCGGCCCUGGAUGGAGUCCAGGCGGAAGCCAGAUGCCCGGUCUGUCUGGAGGGCCUGAGAGACCCCGUCACCACUGAGUGUGGGCGCAACUCCUGCCGCUCCUGCAUCCAGCGGUCCCGGGCUCACCGGGAGGACAGGUUCCCUUGCCCCGUGUGCCGCCACCCGUGCCAAGAGCGGCAGGCGAGAAGCAACACCCAGCUGGGCAGGAUGAUCCAGGCGGCCAGGCUGCUCCAGAGCAGCCAGAGCAACCGGAGGAGCAGCGAGGAGCCGCGCCUGUGCGAGCUGCACCGCCAGCUCCUGAGCCUCUUCUGCGAGGAACACGCGGAGGGCCACUUGGUGAGGCCGGUGGGCGAGGCCGCGGCUGACCACCGGCAGAGGCUCGGCGCUCACGUGGAGCCUUUGGAGAGGCGGGUGGCAGAUGUCCACAGCCUGGUGGCCGCGCAGGACAGAAAGCUGCUGCAGCUGCGGGAGCUGGUGCAGCACCAGCGGCUGGAGCUGGCCUCGGAGUUCCGGCAGCUGAGCCGGGCUGUGGACGGCGAGCAGGAGGCCGUCCUCGCGAGGCUGGUCCAGGAGGAGCAGGACAUCCAGGAGCAGCUGGGCGCCAACAUCACCGCCUUCUCGGACCACAUCUGCGAGCUGCGGGGCCUCCUGCACGAGGUGACGGAGAGAAGCGUGCUGCCUGGAGCCAGGCUGCUGAGCGGCAUCGGGGGCGUCCUGGGCAGGGGCGAGCGUCUGAGGUGCCCCGACAUCUGCUCCUUGCAGCUGAGGCGAGAAGGCUGCAGCCUCGCCUCGCCGCACUCGGCUCUGCAGAAAAUCAUUCAGACGUUCCGGGAGGACGUGACACCCUGGACCCCGAGACGGCGCAUCCCAACCUGCUCGUGUCCGAGGACAGAAAGUCGCUGCAGGCAGUACUGGGAGGGGCGGGUGGGCGGGGCCGCGUGGGCCGUGGGCGUCUGCGCAGACUCCGCCCCCAGGAGCGUGGGCCGUGGGCGUCUGCGCAGACUCCGCCUUCAAGAGCGUGGGCCGUGGGCGUCUGCGCAGACUCCGCCCCCAGGAGCGUGGGCCGUGAGCGUCUGCGCAGACUCCGCCUCCAGGAGCGUGGGCCGUGGGCGCCUGCGCAGACUCCGCCCCCAGGACCGGCGCGGGGUCCCGGGAGAGACACAGGUGCCUCCGGACUGCGGGGCUGCGCCGAGGGGAUUGCGAGGCCCGCGGGCCGGGGGCGCCGUUCCGCUGGAGCUGAAGGAGGAGGCUGCCGGGAGCGGAGAAUGGCGUGAGAGAGGAUGGUCAUGUCCCAGGUCUCAGAGUAUUACCACUCCAUGUGAAGAGGUAAUUGAGGACAAAGGAAUGGCUGAAACGGAGCAGGGGAGAGUAGAGAAACUCCGCCGUGCAAGUCUUUCCAGAUAUCUUCAGAUCAACCCUUCUUGAUUGGCAGAUCCAUGAAACAUGCAGAGCAGAGACAUUUGUUCUAAGGUUGAGUGGAUUCUUAAAACUUCUUUGGAAAGGCACCAUCUAAGUUAAUUCUGUAAUGAUCAAGUUACAAAUAUUUUAUUAAUUUGAAGAUAGACAAUAUGGCAUUGAUGUAAGCACCUAUGACUCUCAAGGGAGAGCAAUACGAUCCUGGGAUGACUAAUUCUGGGUGCUCGUGUAAUGCUAGAACCUGUUGGUGUGAUUAAAAAGUCCAUGGGGGGCCUUCCCUGGUGGCACAGUGGUUAAGAAUCCACCUGCCAAUGCUGAGGACAUGGGUUUGAGCCCUGGUCUGGGAAGAUCCCACAUGCCAUGGAGCAACUAAGCCCAUGCGUCACAACUACUGAAGCCUAUAUGCCUAGAGCCUGUGCUCUGCAACAAGAGAAGCCACCGCAAUGAGAAGCCUGCGCAUCGCAACGAACAGUAGCCCCCGCUCGCCGCAACUAGAGAAAGCCUGCAUGCAGCAACAAAGACCCAACACAGCCAAAAAAAAAAAAGAAAGUUCACAUGUGACCAUGCUUUUGAUCACGGUGGUGGUAGGUGAAGCUUCCUUGCCCAGUCAAGAUUUCUUUUG